AAGCUUGCAGUCAUAUAUACUCAUGGCUAUGGCGAUUCGUCUAGUACUUCUUUUUCUUCUGUUUUUGGGUGUCACAGCCCAGGUUUCUUUAACUGAUCUGAAGAACGUUGAAGAAGAUAAACCUCAACAUGUUGGCCUUAGCCAGGCAUUUCGUGUUUUCACUAGAGGAGCCAAUAGGCGGCUAGUUCAAGACAUAGUUUUAAAGGUUGCAAAAUACUUGAACAAUGGGGAUCUGGCUCUAGCUCCCGCACCAUCUCCAACUCCAAGCCAGUUGGAUUGUGGGGGAUUGUGCAAAUACAGAUGCAGUUUACACUCGAGGCCCAAUGUGUGUUUUAGGGCAUGUGGAACAUGUUGUGUAAGGUGCAAAUGUGUGCCGCCAGGGACUUUUGGCAACAGAGAGAAGUGUGGCAAAUGUUACACUGAGAUGACUACCCAUGGCAACAAGACCAAGUGUCCUUAAUAUUAUUAUUUCAUCUUACUUUCAAGUGUGUAGUGUGUGGAGUGUGAACCUAGCUUAUUUGAUUUUAUUAUAUCAAAUGGGAUAAUAGUACUGGUAAAUCAUGUCUUGGCUAGAUUGACAAUCUUUGUGAGCCAUGUGAGUUGUAAUUUGAAAAGUACUGUUGUGUUGUAUGUACUAUAUAUGAUGUCGCACCCAGCUUAAUGUUAAAGAUAUAUAUCUUUUCUUA